AUGGUGCAUUGUAUAGUCGUUGGUUGCGGAUCUAAAAGCGGAAAACAUAAAGGAAAAUUUCAUUGUAUACCGAAGAUUGUUUCAAAUCAAGGAGAAGAACACAAAGAGCUAACCAGAAAGCGAAGAACUCGUUGGAUUUCUGCAGUUAGUCGAGGCGAUACGAAGGAAAAGAGAGUGCUCGAGAGCGAACGCGUUCGCAGUCUACACUCUGUUUCAGGCAAAGCCGCUGCUGUUUGGGACAAAUACAAUGUUGACUGGGUGCCAACGGUAAACCUAGGCAAGCCGAGAGAUUUACAGAGCAGCAAUGAGAAAGAUCUACAAAGAGAAGCAGUAGAAUGUAGGGCCAAACGAGCAAAAGAUCGAAGGAAACGUUCUUUGGAGCGCCAAGAAAUGGAAGCGGCUAAGAAAAGAAAGGAGCUAGAUAAAAGCGGAUCAAUUGUUCAGAAAAUUGAUUUUUGUAUUGACUAUUCAUCUACUGGUAAGUUACUUUGCUCUGAGCCUUCUUGCAGUAAAGAUUUUUAUGAUGGCGAAUGUGAAACGGUCGGUGAGACAACCUUACAUAUGGUCGAAAACUCAACUUCGACAGAGGACUUUCUAAUAGUUUGCGAAGGCUCAUCAAAUACCGACACACAGAUUGAUGAAUUCAACUACAUGUUUACAAGCUCUGUUUAUCGAGCUCCAGACGAAAGAUUUUUUGAUUCUUCAGAUAAAAUCCGUUUUUAUACUGGAUUACCCUCCUAUGAAGUACUUAUGGUAGUGUUUGAACAUGUAGCUCCCAACGUUGCACGAAAACAUAGCUCUACAAUCUUAGGUGGCUUCCAAGAAUUUGUUAUGGUUUUAAUGAAGCUUCGUUUGGAUAUGCCAUUCCAAGAUUUAGCAUACCGCUUUGUGGUGUCCCUUUCAAGUGUUUCAAGGAUAUUUACUUCCUGGAUAGUUGCCAUGGACUCCAGACUUUCUUGUUUCAUUUAUUGGCCUAAAAGAGACUAG